UAUAUGCAUCCCCAUUUGGAUAGCUGUAGCUGGUAUUGCUUAGUGCAUUUACUCUACAUAGAUCAGUUUGCUCACUUUCUGCUGUGAAAGCAUCUUCAACCUCAGUACGAUUGAUCAAGCUGCAGGGGAACAUCAAUCAACAUGGAUGUCGCCGCUGUGGACAAGAAGAAGAAGGUGCUGCUGGCGGAGGGGCUGUUGCUCCCGGUGAGCAUGGUGCUGGUGCAGGCCUUCACCAUGGGAGCCCUCAUCCUGUCCAAGCUUGCCUUCAACGUCGGUAUGGCGCCUUUUGUCCUCCUCGCCUACCGCAACCUCAUCGGUGCCAUCACCGUUGCACCCUUCGCCUUCUACUUUGAGAGGGAGAUGAUGAAAAAGGUGAACUUGAAGGUAUGGGGCUGGAUCUCCAUCAACGCUUUGUUUGGAAUUGUGCUAGCAAUGGGACUGCACUACUACGGCCUGCGCGCCACCAAUGCGGCCUACACUGUCAAUUUCCUUAAUGUGAUCCCCGUUGUCACCUUUAUCAUUGCUAUAAUACUCCGAGUAGAGCGGCUGAAGAUUGCCACAUGCCCAGGCAAGAUGAAGGUCAUCGGUGCGGCGAUUUGCGUGGGGGGGACCAUGGUGAUCAGCAUGUACAAAGGCAAGCUGCUGCAUCUCUGGCCUACCCACCUGCUGAAACCGCAGCUGCAGUCGGUUGGUGCGGCAUCCUCUGUCCCUGACCACCACAACAUGCUCAUCGGCACACUGUUCUUAGCCGGCAGCUGCCUCAGCUACGCCUUCUGGUUCAUCAUACAGGUUCGAGUGUCCAAGGAGUUUCCGUCCAAGUACUUCUCGACAAUGCUGGCGUGUGUGUCGGGGACCGUGCAAGCGGUGGUGAUCGGGGUCAUGCUCGACAGGCGUCCAAUGGCAUGGGCGCUCAAUUGGAAUCUGCAGCUGCUCACCGUCGUUUACUCGGGGGUGUUCAACACUGGCAUCACCUUUUGCUUGAUCUCGUGGGCCGUGUCUCGUCGCGGGCCAAUAUAUCCUUCCAUGUUCAACUCGCUGUCACUGAUAAUCACCACGGUCCUCGAUUCGGUGCUGCUUGGCACAGAUGUCUCUGUGGGGAGCUUGCUGGGAGCGCUGCUGAUCAUCAUCGGGCUGUAUGCAUUCCUCUGGGGGAAAGGGAAGGAAACACAAGAGCAGCGCAAGCAAAGCAGAGAGGCGGCGAACGGAAACGGGAGCGCGGCAGGUAAUGGGCUGGACAGCGUGCAGGUUGGGAAGCACGAGGUGCGAAUUCGCGUGGAAGUGAGCUAGCUAAUUAUACAGACACAUAUAUAGACAGUAUUGGCGCAGAAGGCAGAUGAAAGGAGUCAAAUCAAGAUGAACAAAUCUCUGAGAUCAGAUGUAUAUACAUAUGUAUGUAUGUAUGUCUUAUGCAGACUCUUAUUUUUUCGAGAUAAGAACAACUCUAAUAGAUUC